AUGUCGGCUACUCAACCCACCAAAGGUGAUGCCUCUCUACCAGAAAAACCUGCGAAGUUAUUUUCACGACCAAGUGGUGCUCUUAAGGCUACUGAGCAUCAUUUGCGCUUUCUUUGGGAGUGCUAUACCAGCAACCCAGCGAACCAGACAGACUAUGUCACAGUUGCUGUCAAUCUUGGCAUCACCAAAAAUGCGGCAAUUAGCCGCUUCUGCCGUCUGAAAAAACAUAUGCAAGAUUGUACUAGCAGCACCAGUGGUUCUGCUGCAGAGCAGAAUGAUCUGUCACCAAAGACCCCUGCACGGAAGAGGGCACGGACGCAGAUCAAUGACUCUCAAGAGGAGGAAGAUGACCCAAACCCGAAGAAAACUCACAAAAAUAGCCAGCGAGUGACUUCUGCUGCGGACUAG